CGCGCCAUUCACUCAAGACUCAGGGACAGCCUUGUACGACGAACGCACUCUCCCAGCUCUCCACCGCUGCCUCUCCUUGCUCCGCAGAGCUUCAGUUCCUCGAAUCAGGAUUUUCUGCGCCCGAGGUAUAGUUUCAUCGGGGCUCCGUUUAUUUGACAAUUUUGGCGCCAAUUUAGUUUUCAGCUCCGCCGAUCCGUUUUCUUCUCCGAUCAUUUGAUUUCAAUUUCAGUUACGGUCAUUUUCCCUUGCAUUCUGAAUUUGGAUUGUUGUGCUCGUUCGUUAUUUGGUGGAUUUCUUCAGGUCAUCAAGACGAAUAUGAGUAACAGCAUAGGUCACAAUUUAUUCCACCAGAGGAGUUUGCUUCAUCCCACGGGUCUCGACCACCGAAGUAAACCUAAUUGUUCCGGCAUUCCUGCGAGCUCCUUGUUCCAAUCUGCUUCUGUGAAUCCACCGGCGGCUGCGUCGGUCCGAACGAUUAGGGCUCCACCAUCCUCCAGUUUCUAUGGAAGAAGCUUGAAAGUGAGGAAAUCGAAGGUGUCUGUUGGGGCAAGUCACCCUGUGGCACUCACCCCACGCUCUGUACUGGCAAUGGAACCGCCAUCCGAGCUUGCAGGUAAAUUUAAACUCGAUGACAAUACAGAAUUGCAGGUUUUCGUUGGCAAUUCUUCUACUGGGUCGGUUACUAUUGUAAAUAUUCAGAUAACAUACAGCAGUGACUCAUUGAUCCUCCACUGGGGUGGGAUACGCGAUAAAACAGAGAAAUGGGUGCUUCCUGCUCGUAACCCAGAUGGAACAAAAAACUAUAAGAAUAGGGCUCUUAGAACGCUUUUCUCACAGGCUGGUUCAAGUUCUGUCCUAAGACUGGAGAUUGAAGAUCCCAACAUCCAAGCUAUUGAAUUCCUUAUAUUUGAUGAAGCCCAAAAUAAAUGGUUUAAAAACAGUGGCCAGAACUUUCAUGUGAAGUUGCCUACGAGAGAGAAAUCGACAGUUCCAAACUUAUCAGUUCCUGAAGAGCUUGUACAGGUUCAGGCAUAUCUCAGGUGGGAAAGAAAAGGCAAACAGAUGUAUAGUCCUCAACAAGAGAAGGAGGAAUACGAAGCUGCUCGUGCUGAGCUAUUAGAGGAAGUAGCCAAGGGUUCUUCCAUCGAAGACCUCCGGCUAAAGCUGAAUAGUAAAAAUGAUGGAGCGGAAAUUAAAGAGCCGCCGUUGCCCGAAACAAAGAUCAACAUGCCUGAGGAGGCACGAGCCGAGUUACAUUCUGAGCUUAACAGAGGUGUUUCCGUGGAUGAGAUGAGGAAGAAGAUCACAAAGGGCGAUGCCCGUAAGAAGGUUACUGAGCAGCCUAACAAGAAAAAGCACUUCGGUCCUGGAAGGAUUCAGCGAAGGGAGAGGGACUUGACACAAAUUGUCACUAAAUACACAGUUGACUGUACAGAGCAAGCAAUCCCUGUUGAACGACAGUCUGCAAAGCCAGUUGAGCUUUAUGCCAAAGCUGUGGAAGAACAAAAUGGCGACACUAUCAUCAACAAAAAAAUCUACAAGCUUGGAGAUAAGGAGAUUUUGGUAGUUGUGAGCAAGCCUGGUGGCAAAAUCAAAGUUAAUAUUGCUACUGACCUUGAAGAGUCAACUAUUCUUCAUUGGGCUUUGGCUAAAAAGCCUAGAGAGUGGUCGGUACCACCUAUGAGCGUCUUGCCCGCAGGUUCAGUUACUCAAGAGGAAUCGGCUGAAACUGAACUAACAAAGUCUUCUGCUGAACUUCAAUAUCAGGUCCAGUCCUUUCAAAUAGAGAUUGAAGAUGGAAGUUACGUAGGAAUGCCUUUCGUUCUCUUGUCCAGUGGAAACUGGAUAAAGAACAAAGGCUCAGACUUCUAUGUUGAAUUUGCCAGCGUACCUAAGCAAGUGCAAAAGGACGCAGGUGAUGGAAGAGGUACGGCAAAGAGAACAUUGGAUCGAAUUGCAGAGAUGGAAGAGGAAGCACAGAAGUCAUUCAUGCACCGGUUUAAUAUCGCAUCUGAUUUGAUGGAUCAAGCCAAGGAUGCUGGAGUCUUGGGUGUUGCCGCUAUCUUUGUGUGGAUGAGGUUUAUGGCUACACGGCAGCUUAUAUGGAACAAAAACUACAAUGUCAAACCACGUGAGAUUAGUAAAGCCCAGGAUAGGCUUACUGACUUGCUCCAGGAUAUUUAUAGUUCCUAUCCACAGUACAGAGAGUUUUUGCGACUGAUAAUGUCAACUGUUGGAAGAGGAGGCGAAGGAGAUGUUGGACAGCGUAUUCGUGAUGAAAUAUUGGUUAUUCAGAGAAAUAAUGAAUGCAAAGGUGGAAUGAUGGAAGAAUGGCACCAAAAAUUGCACAACAACACUAGCCCUGAUGAUGUUGUAAUCUGUCAGGCUUUGAUUGAUUACAUCAAUUGCGACUUUGACCUCGGUGUUUAUUGGAAAACUUUGAACGAAAACGGAAUCACAAAAGAGCGACUUCUAAGUUACGAUCGUGCCAUACAUUCUGAACCAAAUUUCAGAAGAGAUCAAAAGGAUGGUCUUCUGCGCGAUCUGGGAAGCUAUAUGAGGACCUUGAAGGCAGUGCAUUCAGGUGCAGAUCUCGAGUCUGCUGUUGCAAAUUGUAUGGGUUAUAGAGCAGAGGGGCAAGGUUUUAUGGUUGGGGUGCAGAUAAAUCCAGUCUCAGGGUUACCAUCUGGCUUUCCGGAAUUGCUUCAAUAUGUCCUACAACAUGUGGAGGACAGGAAUGUAGAAGCACUUCUUGAGGGUUUGCUUGAAGCUCGUCAGGAGCUUAGGCCAUCACUGGUCAAGGCUAAUUCUCGUCUGAAGGAUGUUUUGUUUUUAGACCUCGCCCUUGAUUCUGCUGUUAGGACAGCCAUCGAAAGAGGAUAUGAGGAAUUAAAUGAUGCUGGCCCUGAGAAAAUGAUGUAUUUCAUUACUUUGGUGGUUGAGAAUCUCGCACUUUCAUCAGAUAAUAAUGAAGAUCUUAUCUACUGCUUAAAGGGAUGGAAUCAUGCCAUGAAUAUGUGCAACUCAAAGAGUAGCAACUGGGCGUUAUAUGCAAAAUCAAUCUUGGACAGAACACGCCUUUCCCUUACUGAGAAGGCAGAGUGGUAUCAGCAACUUCUCCAGCCAUCAGCAGAGUAUCUUGGAUCACUGCUUGGAGUAGAUCAGUGGGCUGUGAAUAUAUUCACGGAAGAGGUGAUCCGUGGUGGUUCCGCUGCUGCUCUGUCCUCACUUCUUAAUAGACUUGAUCCAGUUCUACGAAAGACUGCAAAUCUUGGAAGUUGGCAGGUUAUCAGUCCAGUGGAAGCAGUUGGGUACGUUCUUGUUGUGGAGGAGUUGCUCACAGUACAGAACAAAACUUAUGACCGCCCUACGAUAAUAGUUGCAAGAAGAGUGAAAGGUGAAGAGGAAAUACCAGAUGGCGCAGUUGCUGUGCUAACACCUGACAUGCCUGAUGUCCUAUCACAUGUAUCUGUCCGUGCAAGAAACGGCAAGGUUUGCUUUGCUACAUGUUUUGACCCUAACAUUUUGGACGACCUCAAAGUGAGAGAAGGGAAACUAUUGCGUCUGAAACCUACUUCUGCAGAUGUAGUCUACAGCGAAGUAAAAGAGGAUGAGCUGGAAAGUUACAGUCCAACUGGCUCAACAGAAGUUGGUACCUCAUCUCUGAAGUUGGUCAAAAAGCAAUUCAAGGGAAAAUAUGCCAUAUCAUCAGACGAGUUCACUGGCGAAAUGGUUGGUGCCAAGUCCCGCAAUAUCUCAUAUCUGAAGGGAAAAGUUCCCUCAUCGAUCGGUGUUCCGACAUCAGUGGCCUUACCUUUCGGAGUUUUUGAAGAGGUUCUAGCGGAUGGUUUGAAUAAGGACGUUGAGAAGAAGCUCCAACUGUUGAAGGGGAAGUUGGAUGGAGGAGAGUUUGCUGUUCUCGGGGAGAUUCGGGAGACUGUUUUAGAGCUGUUACCUCCACCACAGCUGGUUAAAGAGUUGAAAACCAAGAUGAAGAGUUCUGGGAUGCCUUGGCCAGGUGAUGAAGGGGAGAAGAGAUGGGAGCAAGCAUGGACUGCUAUUAAGAAGGUCUGGGCGUCCAAGUGGAACGAGAGAGCAUACUUCAGCACGAAGAAAAUAAAGCUGGAGCAUGAUUAUCUGUGCAUGGCUGUCCUGGUGCAAGAAAUCAUAAACGCUGAUUACGCAUUCGUCAUCCACACGACAAAUCCAUCCUCAGGAAACGCCUCAGAGAUAUAUGCUGAGGUGGUGAAAGGGCUUGGAGAAACUCUCGUUGGAGCUUAUCCUGGUCGUGCUUUGAGUUUCAUCUGCAAUAAAAAUGACCUGGACUCUCCACUGGUUCUGGGUUAUCCUAGCAAACCAAUUGGCCUCUUCAUCAGACGAUCAAUCAUCUUUCGUUCGGACUCCAACGGCGAAGAUCUUGAAGGCUAUGCCGGUGCAGGCUUGUAUGACAGUGUGCCAAUGGACGAAGAAGAGAAAGUGGUGCUGGACUACUCGUCUGAUCCGCUGAUGAUCGACGACAACUUCCAGAAGUCGAUUCUCUCGAAGAUUGCGAGUGCCGGGCAUGCAGUUGAGGAGUUGUAUGGAUCUCCACAAGACAUUGAAGGCGUGGUACGAGAUGGCAAAAUCUAUAUCGUUCAAACGAGACCUCAGAUGUAAUACUGCCAUCAUCUUGCAUUAAAUGUUCUGGUGGUCUGUCAUUCUAGACCCCAAAAUUUUCUGGAUUUCGAUCCACAAUAGUACACAUGAUACGAAUAGCUUUGACACCUGCUUGGACAACUCGAAAGAAUAGAUCUGAAAAAAGCGGGAAAUAGCGAAACGAGUAUAAUUUGAGGUCCUACGGAGGUCCUGGAAGAAACAUCAGAUGCCCCUAGCUAGGGCUUAAGAUGAGGUGACUAAGUUAAUCUCGCUAAAAUUCAAUGGUUCAGAUUGAUCUCAUUUAAUAAAGUGUAAUGUAGUAA